UGGCUCUGCUCCUAGAUUGCGACCUACGACCUAAGUAGUCGGCGGCGAGAAUCGAUUGAGAAUUGGCUACUUGAUUGAGCGAUUUGAUUGAUGGAGCUGCUUCCUCAUGCGUGCGUGCUCUUUUUGACCAUUAACGCUUUCCACCCCUCACCAUAUUCACAGCCACUCACUCACUCACUCAGUCAACCAUGCCCAUGCGUAUACCCGUCCAUAUGCCAUAGGUGUGCGUGUAUAUCAUCGUGUGUACCUAUGUAUGCAAAUGCCCAGCGAGCUCGCGUACCAUACCAAACCAAACCCAAUCCAAAAACAGCAAAGAAACGCAUUUGAUAUCUCAAUCUCCGCGCCCGUUGCGUUGCGCCCGCCCGCCCGCUCGCUCGCUCGCUCGCAGGCGCCUGCGCCUACGAUGACGACGACGCCGACAAC